ACCAACAACCACCACCGACCUUGUUCCCCUUCCCGUCCGGCGUUACACUCGGCACUGAGCAAGACGCCCACCACCCCUUAUAGUUACGACAUGUCAGACGGACACUCGGACGAUAUGCCCGCGCGCAAGCGCAUCGCUGUUGCGUGCGGACGAUGCCGCAAGCGCAAGAUCCGCUGCAGCGGCGACCCUGGCGGCGGCAUGCCCUGCACCAACUGCAAGUCAGCCAACGCAGAGGCCUGCCAAUUUUUGAGGGUAUCUUCGCAGCCCACAUCCCUACGCCACGACGGCGAGCCUGGCGCCGGGUCGCAGCACAUGGAUUGCGGCUACAACAUCGAGGUCUCGCGCGCCUCGGCCACGCGCGGCUCCAUGCCGCCGCUGCAGGUACCGUACGGUGCCGAGAUGGGUCCCCACGGGCCCAUGAUGCCGAACUUCCAGCCUCGCGCGUCGGCGGGCAGCAGCAGCGGGGGCUACUACGGCGGCGGCGGCAGCACCGCCAGGUCGACACCCGUCACGUCGACGUCGUCGGCGCCGGCCUACAACUAUGCCUGGGGUACCGCGGCGCAGACAGGCGACUACGACGACUACUACUCCCGGGAGGCAAGCAUCCAGCAGCCGUACUACCCGAUGGAGACAGUCAUGGGCUACGCGCCCUGGUCGGGCACAGGGCCGUCCCGGAGCAGGUCUGGGGCCGUGUCGGGAACGGGCAGCAUGUAUGUUCACACUCACUACUACCAUGCCCAUGCAGCCCACCACAUCCCGAAUCCUUCCCAGCAAGCCGUCAUGAUGAAUCCUGCCCACCACUGCACCACGCAGCCCCGCUCGUCACUGUCAGUUCAAGCCCCCUCCCCGUCUUGUCGCGCUCACUCCCAUUACCAUCACCAUUAUGCCGUUGGUUCCCUUGAUAUGCACUCCCACCCAGACGGGCUCCGGGCGCCUGUGCCUUUGACCACUGAGUUGCUGUCGUCGUUUGCUGUCGUUGCUGCACUGCACCUGCGCGCUGUCGCGGCCAUGGGGGAUGGAUUGCCCGCUGAAAGCAGCGGCGGCACCAUCGAUGGCAAGGAGAGAUGCGUCAGUGUCGAGACGGAGGUGUCAAGUCGUAGCCCCGAGCCUGCAAGCUCUUCGCUCAAGGCAUCGCCGUCGCCGUCGCCAGAGAUCAAAAUAAAAAAGGAAGACUGCUGGGAAGGGGACGACAGCAGCAGCAGCAGCAGCAGUGACUUCAAACCCUCGGCGACCAAAAAGCGCAAGGACUCGCAGGUCGCGGCAGACCCGCAAGAUGAAGAACAAGACCGCAAGAGCGCCAAGAAGGCUGCUAACCACCCCUCGCCCGUCUCUUUCAGUGAGUCACUGCGCGGCGCCAGCUCGGGCGUCGACCUUGUCGGCGGCUACGAGUACAGCAGCAGCCCCCACGACUCGACCUCGUCGGCGUCGACAUCCGCCUAUGCUGGUAGCAGCGGCAACGGCAGCAGCAGUGGCACCGGCCGGCGGUCAUCGACGGCUGCUACCACGAGCCAGCCGUACAUUCCGCUGCCCACCCCACCGCAGCACCACGCCGGCACCGGCGGCAGCCACCUCUCGUCCUACGCGUACGGCUCGUACGGCGGUGCGUCGUCUUCGUCGCCCUACCACCACGCCCAGCCGCAGCACCACGCCACCAGCACCGGCGCGCACGGCAGCAGCCCCUACAGCAGCGGCGGCGACCACGGCCACCACGCCCACGCCCACGCCCACGCCCACCACCACCACCACCACCACUCGGGCGCCAGCACCCCGUCAGGCUCGGGUGGCCACCGCGCCUCUGUUGGCGGCCGGCGCUAGUGGCAACUAGAACAACUGCGCUCCAUACAGUUUUGCUUGUCUCCUCCCCCAGAUGAGGUGCCGUGCGCUGUGUGAAGCUCUUGUGCAGCCCCGUGGUGUC